UGUUUCCCGUUCAGGAAGUUGUCUCUGGGAAAAGCUGUGAAGUCUUCCUGACAGCGGACAGUCAACUCCCUGUUGACGAAGUCUGCUAAGUCCACUGUUAGCUCACUGUAAUAUUACACCACACAUAGAAAGUUCAUUAUAUAAAGAAAGGGAACUAUGGAGGUCGACUCAGUCUUCUACACUGAUCGGAGUGGAAGAGUCACCAGUAACCCGCUGUUGGAUCAGCUCCCUAGCUACCAGUCUCUGCUGUACCGCAGGAAGUCAUCAACCACCGGAACCAAGCGGAGAAGCAUCUCAAGAGCCAGACUUGGCUCUACUGGCAGUGGGAAAUGGGGCAUCAACACUUUCAAGAAACGUGAGGAGAGACUGAAGGGUCUGACAGAGCAGAGACCCAUCAGGGAACUGGCCAGGACCAUGGCUGAGAAACGCAGGGACAACACACAGCGUCUGGAGGAGGCUAAAGAGCUCAGCAGCUGGAGCCAUCUAAGGCGAAGCACCCGCAGGUAUCUGAGGAGGUUUGGGGAUGAUGCCCAAGAAUGGCUGAACUCCCUGAAGCUCUGGAGGGGAGACAUACACCUGAUUGAGGGGAUGUUCGGCACAGGAAUCCUCUCGUACUUCUCCUUCCUGCGCUUCCUUGUGAUGCUCAACUUUGUCAUCUUUCUGCUUAUGUUCAGCUUCGUCAUGCUUCCCAUCAUCAUUGCCCCCAGUGCUUCAGGAAACAUCACCUACAACUUGCAUGAUGGGAGUGAGUGCAAUUUGUAUCCAAGCAGUGCCCGUCGAGGUCUGGUCAUCUUUCAUGAGCACAUCACAGAUCUGCUGUCCGGUGGAGGCUUUCUGGAGCAGACUUAUCUUUUCUAUGGCUACUACAGGGCGGACAAGAUUCAUUUUCAGAAUACCACUUACAAUUUGCCACUGGCCUACCUGCUGGUUACUAUAGCCUACCUGUUCCUCAGUCUAAUCUGGAUUGUUAAAAGGUCUGCUACAGGAUUCAAACGGAACCUAGUUCAAGACGAGGAUCGCUUUCAGAGCUUCUGCAACAAGAUUUUUGCUGGCUGGGAUUUCUGCAUCACCAACGAGAACGCUUCGAGGCUGAAGAGAAGCAGUUUACUCUAUGAGCUCAAGACGGAUUUGGAGGAGGAGAGGAUCAAACAGAAAAUUGCAGAUCGCACUCGCAAAGAAAAGUGUCGGAUUUACCUCAUCCGCCUCAUCCUCAACCUUUUCGUCAUCGCUGUCCUGGCUGCUUGCUUCUACAGCAUUUAUGUGGCCACCAUUUUUUCCCAGGAAGCACAGAUUAAAGAAAUAAAAGAGAAUUUUAUUGUGGAUCUGAUCUAUGAGUAUCUGCCCUCAAUUGUGAUCACCAUGGCCAACUUCAUCACGCCACUCCUCUUCUCUGUCAUCAUCAAUUUUGAGGACUACUCGCCUGCUUUUGAGAUCCGCUUUACCCUCUUGAGGUGUGUCUUCAUGCGGUUGACCAGUAUUGGUGUUUUACUCUUCUCUCUCUGGUCUCAGAUCACUAAGUGUGACAAGGAGCCUUGCAUCUGCGGCUAUAACCAUAAGCUUUACUCUUGUUGGGAGACCCGUGUGGGACAAGAGAUGUACAAGCUCACCAUUUUUGACUUCAUCAUCAUAGUAGCAGUCACCAUCUUUGUGGAGUUUCCCAGAAAGCUGAUAGUGAAGCACUGUGACUGCAGCCUGGCGAAGUGGUGGGGCCAGCAGGAGUUUGCUAUCCCUCAGAAUGUUCUAGAGAUCGUCUACGGUCAGACCAUCUGUUGGAUCGGCACGUUCUACAGUCCACUGCUGCCUGCUAUCUGCACCAUUAAAUACUUCUUCAUCUUCUAUAUCAAAAAGGUCUCGUUGAUUAAGAACUGCCGUCCAGCCACACGUCCCUUUCGAGCAUCCAGCUCUAACUUCUUCUUCCUGGGUGUGCUGCUGAUCGGUCUGGCCCUGGCCAGUCUGCCUGUCACUGUCAGUGUAGCGCAAAUAAACUGCUCUCAAGCCUGUGGACCUUUCGUUAAUUACAACACCUCAUGGGAGGUUCUGCCGACCACAGUAACUCAGCUCCCUGAUGGAGUGAAGACGCUCCUGUUUGCUAUCUCAUCAGAGGCCUUCGCUGUCUCUUUCUUUGUUGUGACAUGUUUGGCCAUGUUUUAUGUGAUAGCAUUGGCUGGAGCUCACAAGAGAGUUAUUAAUCAACUAAGAGAUCAGCUGGCUAUGGAGGGCCGUGAUAAGCGUUUCCUCAUUCAGAAGCUGUGCCAGGCCCAGAGAGUCUCUGUCGCCAGAUCUCCAGUGUCUAAAUCCCAGCCCCGCAGCCCCAGCUAUCACACCAGCUUCGCCAACAAUUACAAUGAAAGUGUGUUCUUGGAACACUCGACCCCCGACUCCUUCACUCAUCGGCUCAGCUGGUACGGAACUGAAGGCAGCGUGCUGUUGCUCGGUUCUACGAGAGAUCAGACACCAGCCAAAAUGUUGAGAAUAACGAUCCGUGCAGACGUAGGAGCCCUUUGGGUGUUACUCUGUAUCACGUACUCUCAGUUUUUGACCGUCUCCUCUGAGGACAUAGUGGUGGCAUGCGGCGGAUUUGUGAAGUCUGACGUUGAAAUCAAUUACUCUCUGAUCGAGAUUAAACUGUACACCAAACAAGGAUCGUUGAAAUAUCAAACAGAUUGUGCUCCAAUCAAUGGCUACUUCAUGAUCCCUCUCUAUGAUAAGGGAGACUUUGUUUUAAAGAUUGAGCCUCCCCUUGGAUGGAGCUUCGAGCCAACCAGUGUUGACCUCCACGUGGAUGGAGUCAGUGACAUCUGCACAAAAGAAGAAGACAUUAACUUUGUUUUCACCGGCUUUUCAGUCGCAGGAACGGUUCUAAGUAAAGGCCAUCUUCUCGGUCCGGCUGGGGUGGAAGUCAGACUGAGCCGAGUGGGGACGGAGGAGAAACUCCAGAGUGUGAUCACACAGCCUGGAGGAAAGUAUACCUUUUUGAAAGUCCUCCCUGGAAAUUAUGACAUCACAGCAGCCCAUCCCUCCUGGACUCUGGACCAGAGUUCUACCUCAGUACACGUUUCCAAUGCCAAUGCCCCGGCUGCUGAGCAUCUGGUAGUUGGAGGCUAUGACGUCUCUGGGGAGGUCCGCAGUGAUGGAGAGCCAAUGAAAGGGGUCACCUUCCUGUUGUACUCGGCUACAGUCAAGAGAGAGGACGUCAGUGGGUGUAACUCAUCUCCAGUCGAGGGGGCAGAUUCCGGGGACAGCUCUCUGGUCUACCUCUGCAGCGCUCUCUCCAGGGACGAUGGGACCUUCAUCUUCCCCUCACUGGCCAGCGGCGAGUACACUGUGGUGCCUUUUUACAGAGGAGAGAGGAUCACGUUUGAUGUCGCACCUUCAAGGAUGAAUUUCAAUGUCGAGCACAGCAGUUUGAAAUUAGAGCCCAUCUUCCGUGUCAUGGGCUUCUCUGUGACGGGCCGAGUUCUGAACAGUGUGGAUGGAGAAGGCGUCCCUGAUGCCUCAGUAUCUCUCAACAACCAGAUCAAAGUCAUCAGCAAGGAGGAUGGCUCUUUUCGUCUGGAGAACAUGACAGCUGGAACCUACACCAUCCGUGUCAGCAAGGAACUCAUGUUCUUUGAGCCAAUCACAGUGAAGAUUGCCCCCAACACGCCCCAACUUCCUGAUAUCAUCACAGCAGGGUUCAGCGUGUGUGGCCAGAUCUCCAUCAGCCGCCUGCCUGAGGGCAUGAAGCAGCAGGGCCGCUACAAGGUCACUCUGACACACCGAGACCAAGACAAGUCCUCCAGCAAGACUAUCGACUCUGAUCCUCAGGGAGCCUUCUGCUUUCAGGCCAAACCUGGAGACUACAGCAUCCAUGUGAUGCUCCCUGAGAUGGAGGUGAAAGCAGGCCUGGCCUUGCAGCCUCAGGCCCUGGAGGUUUCCCUGGUGGACCGGCCCCUCACAGAUCUACUCUUCACCCAGUUCAUGGCUUCUGUCUCUGGAAAAGUCUACUGUUUAGCCUCCUGUGAUGACUUGUCGGUGACCCUGCAGCCUGUGAGUCGACAGGGGGAGAGGAGAUCCGUGGCUCUGUCCGGUGGUGGUGACACCCUCAGCUUCACCUUUGAUGAUGUGUUACCUGGGAAAUACAAAGUGAGCAUCUCUCAUGAGGAGUGGUGCUGGAAACAUAAAUCCCUAGAAGUGGAGGUUCUGGACUCGGACGUAUUGGGGGUGGAGUUCAGACAGAUUGGCUACAUACUGCGGUGCUCCCUCUCCCAUGCCAUCACCUUGGAGUUUUUCCAAGAUGGCAGCAAACCCGAGAACGUCGGCAUGUACAACCUCUCCAAGGGAGUGAACCGCUUCUGCCUCUCCAAGCCGGGUGUUUACAAGGUCACCCCUCGCUCCUGCCACCAGUUCGAACAGGACUUCUACACCUAUGAUACCUCGGCUCCAAGUAUCCUGACCCUGACCGCAGUGCGCCACCAUAUGACUGGGCUCAUCACCACCGACAAGCUCCUGGACGUCACAAUUACUAUCAAAUCUUCUAUCGAGAGCGAGCCGGCGCUGGUGCUCGGCCCCCUGAGGAGCAUGGAGGAGCAGAGGCAGGAGCAGCAGCUGAUGGAAAUUAGGGCACGUCAGCAGGAACGGGAGCGCCGCGCGGCUGAGGAGGACGGAGGAGCCAGGGAUGACAGUCCUCCUAUCCAAGAGAGGGCUGAUGAGCUGACGGGUCCCUUCCACUUCGAUUUCUCCUACUGGGCUAGGGCUGGAGAGAAGAUCACAGUGACACCCUCCUCCAAGGAGCUCCUGUUCUACCCUCCUGAGGUGGAGGCCACUAUCACUGGAGAGUCAUGUCCGGGUCGGCUGGUGGAGAUCGCGGGCCGUGCAGGUCUUUUCUUGGAGGGCAGUGUGUCGCCAGAGCUGCAAGGUGUAGAGAUCUCAAUCAGUGAGAAGGGAACUACGGCACCCUUCACUACUGUGGUCACGAAUGAGAUGGGAGCGUACAGCGUGGGUCCGCUCCACAGUGACCGGCAGUACGACAUCAGCGCCAGUAAAGAAGGCUUUGUCCUGAGUCCUGUGGAGGGGACGCAGGGAGACUUCAAGGCGUUCGCUCUGGCUGGCGUCACCUUCAAGAUCAAAUCAGAGGAUGGUCAUCCGCUGUCAGGCGUCCUCUUGUCUCUGAGUGGAGGACAGUUUCGCUCCAACCUGCUGACCCAGGACACCGGCCUGCUCACCUUCAAUAACCUGAGUCCUGGUCAAUACUACUUCAAGCCCAUGAUGAAGGAGUUUCGCUUUGAGCCAGCUUCUCAGAUGAUCACAGUGGAGGAGGGUCAAAACCUCAGCAUCGAUAUAACAGGCGUUAAGACUGCUUACAGCUGCUACGGAGCGGUGCAGUCUCUGAGCGGGGAUGCAGAGAGGGACGUGGCCGUGGAGGCUGUGGGGCAGGGAGAGUGCAGCAUUUACAGCGAGGACACCGUCACUGAUGAGGAGGGUCGGUUCAGACUGAGGGGUCUGCUGCCGAGUUGCAAGUACCUCAUUCAGCUGCGAGCGGAAGGCAACGACCACAUAGAGAGAGCCUUACCACAGCACAGAGCGAUAGAGGUUGGCAGCAAUGACAUUGAAGGGGUCAACAUUAUCGCCUUCAGGCAGAUCAAUCACUUUGACCUCAGCGGAAACAUCCACACGUCCCCUGAACACCUCUCAACACUAUCGGUCAAGCUUUACAAGAAUGACAACCUGGACAACCCAAUCAGCAGUGUCUCCCUGGGACAGUCCCUCUUCUUCCACUUCCCUCCCCUGGACAGAGAUGGAGAGAGUUACGUUCUGAUGCUGUACUCCACACUGUCCCGCUCCCAAUAUGACUUCACUCUGCCUCAGGUCUCCUUCACCUCCACAGGCUACCACAAGCACAUCACACUAACCUUCAACCCCACUCGUAAAGUGCCUGACCAGGAUGUCGCCCAGGGCUCCUACAUAGCUCUACCCCUCACUCUGCUGCUCCUGUUAGCAGCAUACAACCAUGAGAAGGUCAUCCCCCUCCUGUUACAGUUUGUGAAUCGUAUCCAGGGAGUCCGGAGCAUGGCCCAGACCAGCGGAGACAGUGCAGCUCUGGAUGAAGCCAAACGCUUAGCUAAGAGACAGAAGGCUAGGCGUACAUGAAGAGACAUCCAUGGCUCACCUCAGACCACAUCGUAGUACGCUAAAUAGAUCACUUGCAUCAGCGGUCACAGCCUCUCAGAGCACUGCUCGUAGAGGUCAGCUCUUAGAGUAGAUGCUGUGGCUGCUGCCAGUGCUAGUGAACUAUUUAGUUCGCUCAAAUGUUACUUAAAAUCUGAGCCCAACAUGAAUCACUCGUCUUUCGCUACCACCACCUCAUCAGCCAAUCAGAUUCACUGGACUGACAGCUGACAGUUUGAAGGUUGUUUUCUUCGUUGUUUUAUUUUUUUUUACAGAAGAGUCAUUGUCAAAGAAACUGUUGAUAUUUAAAAUAGUGUAUGAGCCAUUUUCUGCCUUUGUAAUUUAUCAAUGUCACAUAUAAUCUGCUACCUGGGUUUGGAAAGCACUUCAAUGCUUUUGAAUAUUGUCCUAACCUGGAUCAGACAUCAUGGAUAGUCAUGAGUCAGCUAGCAUCAUCGGGUCAAUUCACACAUUUGACAAAGAAGAUCUUCAUCAGAAAGUGGCCGCAUUGUGACAAGACUUAAAGAAAACCGUCAUAACAUAAUGAUACUAAAUUUAAAAAGGGUGUAGUUUAGAUAAAUAUUAAUGUGAGAUCAAGAAAAGGGUCAAUUAGAAGAUUAUGUAUUAAAACUCAAAAAAGUAUGUGAAAGUGAAGAAAAUUGAAAAUACCCAUGAACUGUGGUUUCACCUUCACGGUUGGAGAUCACAUGAAAUAUUUGCAGUUUUGAA